AUGGCAUCCCCCGGCUCUGCGGCCCCCAAGGGCGCGCCGCCCGCUCCCGUCGACGCCGUCCUCCGCAACACGCUCCGGUACACCAUUUCCGCGCGCGAGUACGCCACGCUUCACAGGUACAUCAUUUCGCGGUCCAGGACGCUGCGCCGGGCAGCACCCACGCCCGCGGCGGUGGACAAGGCGCUGCAGCCGCAGAGGAAGGGCGGCGGCGACGACUACAACGCCGCGGCUGUGCGGCACGCGCUGAGGGUGUUUGUCGCGACCAUGGUUGGGAUGAAGGGCUGGGAGGCCAUUUCCCGCCGCGUGGACCCGAGUGCCAGUGACAAUGGGCCAAAGCAGCCGCUGCACAAGUCUCGGGCCCUGAGGCUCUCGGUGUCUCUCUCGUCGAUUCUGCUCCUGUACAGGUUCCUCUUCCGCUUCCUCUCGCGCCUGCGAGCGCACCUCCUGGACCCGCAGCUGCGCGUCUCCAUUGCCAUCUACGCCAUGUUCCGCGCGCUCGAGUUUGCGUGGAACGUCUGCGAGAGCGAGGGCCUCGUCUGGGGCGUCGGGGGGGGCAAGAAGCGCGAGCGGCCGUGGUGGUUUGGGAGCUGGAUGCUUCAACCGCUGGCCUUUGGGCAGCUGCUGCACGCCGUGGUGUUUGACCGCGACUGUUUUCCCGCUGCAUACGGCAGCUUCAUCUUCAAAAACUCGGACGGAUACCUGCACGCGCGGCCAGAGGGCUACUCGGGCACCGCCAGAUGGCCCUCCACCACGGACGUGGUCGAGAGCCUCGCCCGCAUGGCCAGGCUCAACUGGCCGGCGUACAUAUCGCCAACCAUGUUCCCGGCCAAGGAGGUGCUGCCGCCCGGCCUCGAGGCCAUAUCGCCGCUGACGUGCCGGGCGCACCCGCUCAUCACGUCGCUCUCGUGCGCGGCGCUGCACCCCUCGGACCCGUCGUGCGCCCGCACCUACCUCACCUUUUGGCUCGGCUCCUUCCCCCCGAUGGCGCGCUUCUUCCUCGCCGUCUGCUCGGCCCUCGCCGUCGUCGCGCGCUUCAGGUCGCUGUACCACUUCCCCGUCACCACGCUCCAAAAGGUCGUUGCCAGCGCGCUCCGCAUGUCCGCCUUUGCCACGGGCGCCAUCUCCACCGCCUGGGCGUCCAUCUGCUUCUUCCAGACGUACCUGCCGCGCCGGGUGCUGGCCACGCAGCGCUUCUUCCUGGGCGGCUUCCUCGCCGGGCUGUGGGCCUGGGUUGAGCGCCGCCACGGCCGCGGCGUCUUCCUGUACAGCGCGAGGGCGAGCGUCGACAGCCUGUGGAAGGUUGGCGUCAAGAGGAGGUGGUGGAGGGCCAUGAAGGGCGGUGACGUGUGCGUGUUUGUCCUGGCCUUGAUGGUGACGGGCGUGGUCUACGAGAGGGACGCGAGGGCCCUCCGCGAGAGGGAGUGGAGGAAGGGCGUCAGUUGGGUCAGGGGCGAGGGCUGGCGGGAUUGGGCCAUGGACGACGAUGAGGACGCCGACGAGGCGAAUGAGAACAAGAUUGAGUGA